CCGAUGAAAUUUUUAAAUUUCAAAAGACUACCAAAUAUCACAAACAAAACAGCAAGAGUGUUAGCAAGCCUAGCCAGUUAAUUAUAAAAAGCCUUUAACUAUCAUAGGGCUUCAUGUCAUCCAAGCCCAUUUCGUGUUUUUCGUCGCUCACGAAACGCAACGUAUGAUUGAGUUUGCCUAAUAAUUUCUCGACCUGUUUAGGCUGGCUACUCCCUACUCAUUAAACCGCGCCAAAAUACAAUUUCCUUUCUCAAAAUUCCCUCCCAAAACAAAUAUAGCAAAAUCCACCGCCGUGUAGACUCUAGCUUCUGAAGAAAUUCUCCGACGACUCUCUCAGAGGGAGCAUCGGUAAUGGAAAUUGAUGACGAUCAAAAGCGAGAAGAAGACGAUCCGUUUCUCGCAUUUAUCGAGUACGCUAGGUCCUUCAUGUCUCCUGACCAAGACGACGAUCCGAACGGAAAUGAAGCGGGUAAUAGUGGGCCCGGGUGGAGCUGGGUCGCGUCUCGGAUCCUUAAAACGUGUAUUUCUUACUCAAGUGGAGUCACUGCUGCUAUUUUGCUCUCCGAUCUCUCUCAGGCGUGGAGUGAGCAAAAUAGGAUAGGUGCUCCAAAGAAAAGGCCGGAGAUUAUAAAUCAGAUGAAAAGGAAACAUAGGAGAACGAAGCUUCCGAACACAGUUACAAUUGAUACUAUAUAUGAGAAGAAUUUCUUGUCCUUAAGUAGCGUUUUGGAAGUUGUGAUUGUGGAUGCUUUUGUUCUUCCAGGUACGAAUAUCUACAUGCUUACGUUGGGGGAUUAUUGGAGUUCCAAUACCAUUAAUCUUUAUCUUCACCGAAGAUACUAUGACUUGGUGGAUCCUCCCAAUGGGAUUUUGAAGAAAGCGAGGGAGGUUUUCCUUACAGGGUGCUAUCUUCGAACUGCCAAAGAAGGAUCCGGUAGCCCACGGUUAUUGCCAACGGAAUAUCUUGUAAUAUUAUUGGAUGAGGAUCUGGAUGAUGAUGCGAUCCUGAUAGGAGCACAAUUUUGCUCAGAUUCUUUCUCUUCCAUUUCUCUUGAUGCAGUGAAGAAUGGUGUUUCGUAUUCAUUGUAUUCUAGGAUUGAGUCUAUUGGAUCACUGGAAAUUCUGGGACAAUGUGGUAGUUUACAGAGGAAGCAAAUCACUCUUGUUGAUAAUGAUGGUGUAAAACUAAGAUUUCUCUUGUGGAAUGAGCAAGUAAUCCUAUCCAAUCUUUUCAGUGUUGGAAGCAUGCUCGCAUUGGAUAGACCAUAUAUUGCUAGUUCUGCAGAGAGUUCCAUUGAAACAAGUGAUGAGUUUUGUCUAGAAUAUGGAACUGCAACACAAUUAUACUUGGUACCUUUUGUUCAACAUGAGGAACAAGUCUGUCUGUCAUCAACGCAAAAUCGCUUUCAAGGAUCAAGGCUGCAUGCUGCAGUUGAUCCUACUCAAGGUCCCAGAGUUUCUCAAGUGAUCUUGCCCUGUGAUUCCCAAGGCUCCAUUGACUUCAGAAAUUAUCCUUUUCAGUCAUUUGUAGUUGACCUCCGUGACAAGAUGACUGGCAUCAGCCUUUAUGGCAUGGUUACGGACAUAUAUCGAGAAAGAAAUACUGCAGAAGUUAUUUUCUUGUUGAAAAUUGAGGAUGUGACUGGAUCAAUUUGGGCAAAGCUACAUUUCUCUCAAUCUUGGUCAUUGGGAAGAGUAAGCCUUGGUCACAUGGCAUAUAUUUCUGGUUUGAAGUGCUCUAAGACAAAACAAAAUGGCUUUCAACUGUCAUGGUUUGAGAAGGAUGUUGGAGCUUCUCUCAUCAACCUCAGUUGCUUGCCAGCAUUAUUAAACUCAUCUUGCCUUCACAAGCUAUCACGCCUUUCUGAUCUCUCAAGCAGGAGUAGCUCUAUGCAUAUAUGUCGAGUAUGGCUUGACCAAGUUGAUCAUGUUACUACAAGAUUUUCACAUGCUCCUUGUGGCCAUUUUGUCAAAGAGAUGCCAAGUGGUGCAGUUGAAUGCAGUUUCUGUCACAGUGUUUGUGAUGGUGAAGUUGUGCGUGCUUUCUACCUGAAACUCACCCUUGCAGACGAGAACACCAAAACUUUUGCAUGGUGUACUGGUCAAACUGCUACAGAGUUGCUGCAGAUAUCACCAGAUGAAUUCUAUGAGUUGCCUGAGGAUGAGCAAGUUAUGUAUCCUUCCUCACUAGAGAAUGAAAGGUUCAUGGUUGCAUUGGUGAAUUGCAAGCGGCAACCAGAGGCCGAUGCAGUUUCAUGGGAGAUCACUCGUGCGCUCAAGCGUGAAUAGGGCAUUGUAUCAGGUUUCUAUAAAAGUAGGCGGAUUGGAAGGUGAGGUUCUUCUUUUGAUUCCUACAUGCCUCGAUAAACAUGCAGUGUGAUAUAUCUGCAAUUUUGAUGAUAACUACAUUGACGGAGGCUUGUUCUUACCCACAGUUUCUUUCUAGGAAUCUUUGUUCAAUAUUACGGGGAGGUCAGGCUUUGCUUUAUGCAUGCAAGGACUCUGUUUUUGCUUCAUAGUUAAAAUUAAAAUUAAAAUAAAAAGCAUUUUUGUUAAUAAAAUAAAUCUUUGGUUGAGUCUGGGCUUGAAAAAUUGUCUACUUGAGCAAGACACCUAACUCGUGGACAUGUCUAAUUGCUUUA